GAAAGCAACUUCUGUCCUUCACUUUCCCCCCCCUCUCUCUCUCUUGAUCUCUCCGUCUCUGCCAUGAAAUCAGCUCGGAAGCUCAGCUUCUCCUCCUCCUCCCCCACCACCACCGUCACGGUCACCUCCCCAGAUGACCCGUUUGUCCCUCCUCCACCACCCAACAUCAAGCUCCACCUCCAACCCAACCAAGCCCAAUCCCAGGCCGCCACCAAGAUCCAAUCUGUCUACCGCGCCCACCUGAUCCGCACCCUCUACAAGAUCAUCUCCUCCGUCGACUCCGCCGCGGACCGCCUCCAGAGUCGGAUCCAGCGGCAGGACACCGUUGAUGCUCUCCGGGGCAGCCCCCUCGAGAGGGCGAGGAUUGAGGAGGAGUUGAUGAGGCUGCUGCUGAGGCUGGACUCCGUGCCCGGCGGUAUCGAUGCUGCGGUGCGGGAGGGGAGGAAGAAGGUAAGCCGCCGGAUCGUAGGGUUGCAGGAGAUCGUCGACGGGGUGUGCUGCAGCGGAGGAGAGACGGCAGAGGGAGGCGAAGACAGUUGGGGGGGGUGGUGUGAGAGGACGGAGGAGGAGGUGUGUAGGGAGAGAGGAGGGGAGGAGUUGGAGAGGUACUGUGCCAACUACUUGGGGUUUCGUUGCUUGGAGAGAUUUCUUCACGAGCCUUAAAAGAGUUUCACAUUCAAACGCUCUUUGGUUCUUCCUCUCAGAACAUCACUUUUUUCUGUUCGUUUCCUUUUCAUGGCUUGUGGCAAUAGAUCUAUACACUCGUGUUCUUAUCCGUUCUUAGAUCUUGUAGAAUUUUCUCUUUUGUCUUCAAGCUUGUAAACUAUUCAAUCUAUGCAUUUAAGAAAUUAGAACUAU